AUGGACAGCCUUGUGAAUAUCAACUGGAACAAAGUCACGCCAUGUCUAGUUUUAUUAUUGUUAGACUUAGUAUUGGAAUUUUCAGAGUGCACGACACAGGCUGAAGUAAACAAACAUUUAGAACUAGGACGAGAUUUCUUAAGUCGUGGUCAACUUUCAGACGCGUUAACACAUUAUCAUGCAGCUGUUGAGGGGGACCCACACAAUUACCUCACAUACUUCAAAAGAGGCACAGUCUAUUAUGCGCUUGGUAAAGCUAAGUUUGCAUUACAAGACUUUAGUAAGGUAUUAGAUCUAAAGCCCGACUUCACAGCAGCCAGAGUGCAUAGAGCACAAGUCUACCUCAAACAAGCUGAAUACAUGCAUGCCAAAGAUGAUUUCCUGCAAGUGACAUACGAAGACCCGUAUAACUCAGAGGCACUCACAUACUUCCAUCGUAUGGAUGAGCUAACCGAAGAGCUUCGAUUGGCAGAGGCCUAUUAUCGGGGUGGGGACUUUAGAAGUGCAGCUGAACUUGCCACUAGACUGUUAGAAGUGUCUCCAUGGUCCGCAACCCUUAGGCAGCUCCGGGCCGAGUGCUAUAUUGCUAUGAAUGACCUGUUCUCGGCGGUAUCUGACAUCCGGUCAGUGAAUCGUCUACAGCAAGAUUCCACUGCUGGUUAUCAUCGGUUAGCCUCGCUACUUUAUCAACUGGGACACGUUAGCGACGCAUUAAAGGAAGUGCGCGAGUGUUUAAAACUGGAUCCAGAACACAAACAAUGCUUUCCCCUAUAUAAAAAGUUGAAAAAAAUAGACAAAUUACUGCUGAGGUGCGAGCAAAGCAGCGAGGCGCGUCAGUAUAGCGAUUGUAUAGACUCGGCUAAGAGUGUGUUGGCUGCUGAAAAGGAAGUCACGCUUGUGGUGUACGAAGGAAGGAAAUGGUUAUGUUCCUGUCUCGCUAAGGACGAACAGUGGACUGAUGCGUUGAAAGAAUGUAACAGUGCGUUGGAAAUCCAAAAAGAAGGGAGUGUGCUGUGUGAUAAAGGAGAUGCCUUGAUUGGGCUCGAUAUGUUUGAUGAUGCGAUACGAUCGUUCAAAGAAGCGUUGGAUUUGAACGAGGGUCUGCAACGCGCGAAAGACGGAUUGGGCCGAGCGCAGAAACUUCAAAAACAAUCCGAACAAAGGGAUUAUUACAAGAUAUUAAAUGUUAAAAGGUCAGCAACUAAACAGGAGAUCACGAAGGCAUAUCGUAAAGCGGCGCAGAAAUGGCAUCCAGACAACUUCCAAGGGGACGAGAAGAAGGUCGCAGAGAAGAAGUUCAUUGAUAUCGCUGCUGCUAAGGAGGUGUUAACGGACCCCGAAAAGCGGGCUCAAUUCGACAGCGGGGUGGACCCCUUAGACCCUGAAGGGGGCAGACAACCCUUCGGGAACAACCCCUUCAAUCACUUCCAACAUGGAUCGCCCUUCCAGUUCAAGUUCCACUUCAACUAA